CGCCCAGAGCACACUCCGGCAUGAAUUUACGAAUGCACCCAUAGUUGAUGAGAGACUUGGUCGUCUGGUUCGGUUAGGUGGCAGCAAGUAGCAACAGUACCUGUUAGGGUUGCGUAAAUUCGAAUCUGGUAUCAGGAUAAAUAUAACAAUGAGUCACCGAUUGUAUACUAUGUAUUUUUUAUUGUUCGUCGCUAUGGUCAGUAAUGCCGCGUUCAAAACACCUGGGAACUCGGAAUCUCAGACUUCAGUGCGUUCAAAACAAAUGGGAACUCGGGGACAAAACGAGCUCCGACUGGGAAAAAUCAAUUUGAACGGAAUUCCAACCCGGGUCUCUUUCUAGAGCUCCGACAUGCCGACCUGAAGAUCACUGACGUCGUGAUUUUGUCUCGUAUGUUUCGAGUUCCCAGUUGUCUUAAACACAGCAUUUUGCCCAAACCAGAAACCACAAAGUGUCACGCCGACAGAUCGCAACAUCCACAAUGGAGCUUUCUUAUCAAUCUAUCAGAACCGCGAAUCAAGCAAGAGAGGCGGAUGAAAUGAGAACAGAGUCCAGAAGAAGAAAUCUACUCAUAUUAAUCUUUCAUCAUUUAAUGGAGGCAGGGUACAUGGAUGCUGCCAGUGCUCUGGAACAGGAUACCAAUGUCUGCUUCCGGCGGUUUGAAGUGUGUGACAAUAUAGACCUGGACACAGUGUUGAUGGAGUAUGAGAGUUACUACUUCAUCAAGUUCCAGAGAUAUCCCAAACUAACCAAGAAACUGCCAGAACCAGUUGAAAGUAGACAUGCAAGAAGUUGUGGAAAAAAGAGGGUCCCCUGCACUGGAGUUCAGCCCCUGCCCAGAAUAAACUCCUCCCACAGACCCCCCUCCAGGGGUGGAGUCAAGAAGACAAAACCCAAGAUGGUGGUCAAGGACGCCAUUAAAGCUGUUGGUGAGAACGGGGGGCGCUCCUCUCCUCCAGAGCCGACAGAGUUCGGCCUGAAUGUUUCCCCCAUCAUCAGGAACGGAGCAGGAGAAGGACAGAUGAAGAAGGGUCAGCUGAUUGACUGCAGAGGCCUUAUCCAGGAUGCAUCCAACAGUCUGUCAGAACCCAUGGAGCCUCUUCUGAAACCCCUCAGCGCCUUCAUUGGGAUGAACAGUGAGAUGAGAGAUCUGGCUGCUGUUAUUAGCAGGGACAUCUAUUUACAGAACCCCGCUGUGCGCUGGGAUGACAUUAUAGGCCUGCAGGCCGCCAAGCGAUUAGUCAAAGAGGCUGUCGUCUACCCUAUUAAGUAUCCACAGCUAUUCACUGGCAUCCUGUCUCCAUGGAAAGGUCUGCUGUUAUACGGACCUCCAGGUACAGGUAAGACACUGCUGGCCAAGGCUGUAGCCACAGAGUGUAACACCACCUUCUUCAACAUCUCAGCCUCCAGCAUCGUCAGCAAGUGGAGAGGAGACUCUGAGAAGCUGGUCAGGGUGUUAUUUGAGCUGGCUCGCUACCAUGCCCCUUCCACCAUUUUCCUGGAUGAACUGGAGUCAGUUAUGAGCCAGAGAGGGACUGGAGGAGGAGGAGAGCACGAGGGCAGCAGAAGGAUGAAGACAGAGCUUUUGGUCCAGAUGGAUGGAUUGGCCCGAUCUGAUGAUCUGGUUUUUGUCCUGGCAGCAUCUAACCUUCCCUGGGAGCUGGAUCAUGCCAUGCUGAGACGUCUGGAGAAAAGGAUUAUGGUUGGCCUUCCCUCUGGCAAUGCCCGACAGGCCAUGGUCUCUCAUUGGCUGCCUCCACUCAGCUGCACUGGAGGGGUGGAGCUACGCACCGAGCUGGCCUAUGAGAUGAUUGCACAGGCGACGGAAGGAUACUCUGGGUCUGAUAUCAGGCUGGUGUGUAAAGAAGCAGCCAUGAGACCAGUCAGGAAGAUAUUUGAUGCUCUAGAGAGCCACCAGCAGGGUAAGGAAACAGCCGUGAGACCAGUCAGGAAGAUAUUUGAUGCUCUGCAGAGCCACCAGCAGGGUAAGGAAACAGCCAUGAGACCAGUCAGGAAGAUAUUUUAUGCUCUGCAGAGCCACCAGCAGGGUAAGGAAACAGCCGUGAGACCAGUCAGGAAGAUAUUUGAUGCUCUGCAGAGCCACCAGCAGGGUAAGGAAACAGCCGUGAGACCAGUCAGGAAGAUAUUUGAUGCUCUGCAGAGCCACCAGCAGGGUAAGGAAACAGCCAUGAGACCAGUCAGGAAGAUAUUUUAUGCUCUGCAGAGCCACCAGCAGGGUAAGGAAACAGCCGUGAGACCAGUCAGGAAGAUAUUUGAUGCUCUGCAGAGCCACCAGCAGGGUAAGGAAACAGCCGUGAGACCAGUCAGGAAGAUAUUUUAUGCUCUGCAGAGCCACCAGCAGGGUUACAUUGUAAUAUUUACUCAAAAAAAAUGGAGGAUCUCGUUUUUCAGUAGCACUUGGCUGUGUGCGAUUAGCAUGUAGAAUCAUCUGGAAAUUAGUAGAAAAUGACGGCCGUGGUGAUAGGACGGCUAUCCGUUAUUAAUAAUACCACUCCUCCC